UGGUGGGGUUGGAGGCUGACUUUACGGAUGAAAGGCAGCCUAUCAGCAGAAGAAAAAAAAAAGAAACAUGUGGAAAAGGAGUAUAUAUAGAGGGAACGAGUAAAUCCCGAACGCUUUCCGGGCUGAUAGGUUUAUUUCAGCAGCUCGGUGGAUCUUUCUUCUCAUAUCGGUUCUCCAGAGAGCGAAUGGACUCAGCAGGACAACCGUAGACCUCAGCGUCCACUCCGCCGUCUGCAUUGUGUUCAACUGUUGGGGGUGGAAGAGGAUUCACCGGGUAAGCGGACAGGAAUACCAUGCCGACGAGUGAUUGCCCAGGCCGCUUCCCCGCAUUUGUGCCUCCGCCUCACAGCAGCCAUCAGAGGUGUCCAGGUUACGUCCCCGGACGGGUGGCUCCCGCCCGCCCGCCUACACCUGCCAAAGCUCCUCCACCUCCACCGUUCAAGCCUCACGUCCUGCGACUGGAGCAACGGACUACGCCCAGUUCGUCCGUGGAAAACCAGCGCAGGGAAACUCAUCUUAGCCUACUGCAAAGGAAGAACACUCUUAUCUGCUGCGGCUUCUCAUUGGGUGCUUUCUUUCUGACACUUAUUCUUGUCCUCAGUCUCACAUCUGGAGAGGAGUUCGAUGAGAACUGUCCAGACCAUCACCUAUCCCUAAGUAGCUGGAAUCCAGGCCACCAACCAACCAAAGAUAUUGUUGUCCGGAGAGGACACUUGUAUAGAUUGGAAUCUUCUGCCACCUUCCGUUCACUUACCAUUCAGUCAGGAGGUCGAGUAGUUUUUGCUGACAAUUCGGACGGCAGCAGAAAUAUAACCUUAAGAACACAUCACAUCCUUAUUGAAGAUGGUGGCGCCUUUCAUAUUGGUUCACCAAAAUGUCGGUAUCGGUCCCGUGCCACAAUUGCCCUAAUUGGUCGCUCGGACAACAAAGCUGUCCCCGAGGUGCCCAUCCUGGGUCGCAAGUUCAUCGGCGUCAUGGCGGGUGGAACUCUAGAGCUGCACGGCACAGAGCGGGUUUCCUGGUCUCUGCUGACCAGAAGCAUCCCCGCAUCCGGGCUUGCCACCGGCGGUUAUGCCUUCGAGAAAAACUUCAGCCGAGGGAUCAACUUCCGAGUGUUUGACCAGGAUACAUCUGCACUGCUGCACGAGGAACGCUACGAUACACACGAUUCCCGUAAUGACAGCCGGAGACUUACCCAGCAGCUCCGCUCUCUGCCACCGGGCCGCAUAGUCGCUCUGGCUGUGGGGGACUCCGCGGUCAAGAGCCUGCUGGAGGAAACCAAGGCGGCCUUUAAAGAGGUCCUUGGCAGCAGAUUUGCCAGUGAUCUCAAAUACAGGCAGGCGUGGGCUUUGGUUUCUGUGGUUGGCGGUGGCAACGAGUCGUGCUCGGAGGAUGUGAGGGAACACGAAAACCUUAACACAGGUGGAAGAGCUCUUGCAAGUCGCAGUUUCACCACUGUGGAGGGAGUGAACUUCUCAGUGUCGGCCUACAGCGAGUGGAAGAAUGGCUACCCCAUCAUGGGCUUCCUGGUAGACGCUGCAGACCAGGUGGUGCUUAACCUCCAAGAUGAAGUCCAGCAGACCUGGAAACCAGGUGAUAAUAUUGUGGUGGCCAGUACAGACUACUCCAUGCACCAGGCUGAAGAGUUCACCCUGCUACCCUGCCCUCAGUGUACCAGCAGGCAGGUCAGGAUACAAGGGAAGCCUCGGUACAAUCAUGUUGGUGAGAUCAUCGAUGGAGUCGACAUGCGAGCUGAGGUGGCUCUGCUCUCCAGGAACAUUCUCAUCUACGGAGAAAUGGAAAGCUCUUGCUAUGGAGACAACCUGUGCCAGUUCUUCAACCACGACACCUUUGGAGGUCACAUCAAGAUCCUUCGUAACUUCUCAUCGGUGCAUCUGUCCCAUGUGGAGUUAAAAAACAUGGGCCAGCAACGAGUAAGAGGCAGCUACCCGCUUCACUUUCACAUGUGUGGGGAUGUUGACCAGAAGGGUGGCUACAGGGAGCCGACGUAUGUGGACGGAGUUUCCAUUCACCACUCCUUCUCCCGCUGCCUCACCAUCCACACCACCAACGGGCUGCUGGUGCAGAACACAGUGGGGUAUGAUACGUUGGGUCACUGUUUUUUCCUGGAGGACGGAAUUGAACAGCGGAACACUUUCUACCACAACCUUGGCCUCCUGACUCAGCCUGGGACUCUGCUGCCAACAGACCGCAAUGAGACUCUGUGCACCAGUAUCAGGGAUAAAGUCUACAAGGGCUACACUCCUUCACCAAGUACAGAGUGCAAGGCAGUCUCAACAUUCUGGAUCGCCAACCCCAACAACAACCUGAUCAGCAAUGCAGCUGCUGGCUCUCAGGACGCUGGAAUAUGGUUUGUGUUCCACAGCUCUUCCACUGGAGACUCUCAUGGGCUGGUACCAGAGACCAAGGCAGAGCUCACUCCUCUUGGGAUUUUUUAUAACAACCGUGUGCACUCUAACUUCAAGGCAGGGCUGUUCAUUGAUAAAGGAGUGAAGACUACGAAUGCCAGCGCUGCUGAUCCCCGGGAAUACCUCUGUCUAGACAACAGUCCAAGAUUUCGACCCCACCAGAAUGCUGACCCCAGUCAACCUCGAGUGGCCGCAGUCAUUGACUCUCUGAUCUCAUUCAAGAACAAUGACUUGGGAGCAUGGAUACGAGGGGGAGACAUUAUCAUCCAGAACUCUGGCUUUGCAGACAAUGGAGUGGGACUGUCUUUUGCCAGUGAUGGCAGCUACCCUAAGGAUGAAGGGUCCAGCCAGGAGGUGACACAGUCCCUGUUUGUUGGGGAGAGCCGAAACAGAGGCACCAACGGAGGACAGAAUAAAUACUGGGGGAUGGGAGGAACUGACGGAAAGAUGCGGACACUGCCAAGAAACAAGACUUUCCCAAUCCGAGGUUUCCAGAUCUAUGACGGUCCAGUGCGUGUUACCCAGAGUACGUUUCGAGGUUUCAUCCCUACACUGGAGCGCUACACCAGUGCAGUUGGCUUCAACUUGAAGAACACUUGGCAGCUGACCCCACGAAACAACCUGUCCCAGCUCAGCUUCCACCCUAAUGUGGCUCUUCGAGUGUUCUUCGGUCGUCCUGGACAGUGGUUCGAUGAAAACGACCUGGAUGGGGACAAGAACUCAAUCUUUCAUGACUUGGACGGGUCAGUAACGGGUUACAGAGAUGCGUAUGUCGGCAGAGCAGACAAUUAUCUAAUCCAGCAUCCCGACUGUCAGAAAAUUCCCCGGUGGAAUGGAGUCAUCUGCAGCGGGCGCUAUUCUCAGGUCUACAUUCAAACAUGGGGAGCCCCCAGCCUGAGUUUGUCUAUCAACAGAGAUGAAUACCCUGACGCACCUCUGGUGCUGAGAGGGAUUAACAGCCAGGGGGCGUCAUCUCAACAAUACCAGCCUAUCCUGAUGAUGAGCAAGAGCUACACUAUGCACUGGAAUGGACCUGCGCCCAGAGAGGUCGUCCUCUCUCUCAUCAAUUUUGAUAGAGAUGACUGGGUUCUGGUUGGACUCUGUUACCCAUCAGACACAACGUUUCAGAUCAUGAGUGACAUCUAUGACAGGCAGAGAAAUACAUUUGAUGACAUUGUUGAUUAUGGCCCCGUUUCCUCGCUGGCCCAGCUGAAGUCCACAGAAAGAAAGUACUUCUUUGACCAACCUGUUGGCUUACUGUGGUUUUACCUCCGAGCCCGGCAUGGACGGGAUGGCCACAGCUACUGCUCAACCAAAGGCUGCGAAAGAGUAAAAAUCACAGCCACUACAUCGUCCAAACAGACCUGCAACUGUACCGCUAAGGCCUAUCCCAAGUACUCCAAGCCCCCCUCAGCUGUGGUGCCUCUGCCAGCUCAAAACACGCAGCUUUGCAAAGACUGUGGGGCUGAGAAGAUGGUGUUUUCUAGUGAGCCUUGGAUGUCCUACCUUCACACACAAGUUAAGUCUUUAAGCAGCAAAGAGAAAGGACAUAAUGACUCCUUUAUUACUGUAAAUGAGGUUACCAUGCAAUUUUCUCAGACUGGGUUUUUCCUGGUCUCUGUGGAUGCCUGUUCGGGAAAAGUCACCAAAAAAGUCUCAUUUAAGAAGGUAGACACAAAGAUGAAACAGUUUCUAAAAACAGGAAUCCCAAAGCGGUCAAUAGUACUCUUAGCAACACGAGGUCAGCCUGAGGGGCUGGUGGACGUGGCUCCACUUCUGAUUUCUUUUGGUUUUGCUAAAGCUGCUGAUCUGCACAAAAAAGACAGCCUUGCAAUGUGGGGAUUCCUGGGUUCUUCUCCGCCUCCUUCGUGGGUUUCGCUCCAAACUGGAGAAGAGGACAACACGUUGGGGCUGCAGGAGCGCUACCUGCCCCUGGGUUUGGAGAGUUACGGCUGUUCGCCACUUGCAGCUCAAAAACGCAAAGACCUUGAGCUUCUGAAAAAAGCCACAGGACAACACUAGCCAAUGUGAACACUUCAACCUGCCAAGCCAAAAAAAAAAAAACUUGCACACGAACACACAGCCAGUUGAUGAAUGUGAACUGCUGAACUCUUAAUUUAUUAACAGACAAGUAUGUUUACCUGUAUGGAGUGGGGAAAAGGAGUGAUGAUAUGAGCGGGGUAAAUAUUUUAUUAUGAUUUUGUUUGGAGGUGUGUUAGUAUUGGCCUGUCUUGGGGCCUUUUUUUUUUCUUUUAAGUCAAUGCACUUUUGUUUUAUAGAUCCAUCAGCCAAAGCUUUAACAAGUAACAAUUUCUUUUAUCUUUGACCUGAUGAACUAAAUCGGCUUGUUAUAGCCAACAAUAAACUUUUAUCAGCAGGUGCAAAAUAAAAUGGUAAAUGAAAAACACCAAGGGGAUUAGGUUCUCAGAAACCUAAAGGAAAUUCUGCAAAAAAACUAUUGUACCUGAAAGUAGACAUUGAUCAAACUUGAAAUGUAAGUACAAAGCGAUGUUAGUCCAGGUUAAAGCCUGUAGUGUAGGAAAUCAAAGCCAGUGGGUUAGAGGUCCUAGCAUAUGACAAGACAUGAAAAUGAACAAUGAUACUCCAAUCUGCAAUAAGUUUUCUACCUGAAUUUUAACUGGAAAACCUCUCCUGAUUAUUGUGCAGCUGAAAGAUUUUAAGUUUUAAGCACCUUUGUUUGGAUUCCUACUUGGUAUUACUGGAGCUUCUUUUUCAUGUUUUAUUUAACCUUUCACAGUGAAAAUGUCAGAAGAACUUUGCUUUAUCUGCAGCACAAAAAGAGAUUACUUUUCCUCAUUUAUUUUCUGAACAGAACUGAAUGUUUUACCAGUUUUCUGCCUCAUUCAUUACUAUUUUAUGUACAUAAUUACCAAAACAGAUUGACAAAAUAUAACUGAAUUGUUGAAGCAUACUGGGCAGCCUUAGUGAGCAGAAAUGCAUACAGAUGUGAUACCUGCUGAGUUGUAUACAGCUGUACUUUAGGAUGAUGUAUUCUUUAUGGAUGUGACCGACCAGGGCUUCCCCCACUGAGUGUUGAGAUGUUUCUGUUCAUGACUGAUUGUGUGACAGUCUGAGUAUAAUAAUAACCGUGUUGCCUUUUAACCACUGUACUGUUAGAAUAUAGAAGAAAAAAUGGAAGAUAUUUCUGUUUCUAGCCUUUUGUUCAGCUGAUGCGUUUAAGCUGUACGAACCAGAUAUUUCGUUCUGACUAAAGAAACCUUGUAAAUAUUAUUCUGUAAUUGUACUGUAGAAAUGUUAAGUCAUUGUUGUAUUUACUGUCCUAUUGCUUUUUUGGUCAUCUGAUGAGUUAUUGUACAUUUUAGAAUUCGACAUAAAUAUUCUUCCAUUGUUAUAAGUUUUACAGUCGAAUAAAGAUAUGUGCCUUUUGGUAAAAG